AACAGUUUUGAGAAGAUGCAGUUCACUCGGAGCAUGAGGAAGAGACAGCGCGAGCUGUACGACCAAGUCAAGAAUGCGAGGAAGCAUCUCGCCGUUGAUAGGAAUCAGAUUAGCAAUACUGAAGUGCAAAUCUUUGCCGAGGCACUCAAGGUGAACACGACGGCGACUUCGCUCGGUCUGGCGCAUAAUCAGAUUGACGAUUCUGCAGCGGCGAUGAUUGCUGAGGCACUCAAGGUGAACACAGCACUGGCUUAUAUCGAUUUGGGCUGGAAUCAGAUUGGCGAUGCUGGAGCGCAGGCCAUUGCUGAGACACUCAAAGUGAACAAGACGCUGACUAGGCUCGGUCUGUACCAGAAUCAGAUUAGCGAUGCUGGAGCGCUGGCAAUUGCUGAGGCACUCAAAGUGAACACGACGCUGGCUUAUGUUGAUCUGCGACUCAAUUGCAUUGGAAAUGCUGGUCUUCAAGCGCUUGGUGAAGCGCGUCAAGUCAGCCAUACUCUGCUUGACCUUAACAUCGACCAGCAGAUGCAUCCUCGUAUGUUCUCCUUACUUUCGCGACGAUUAGCAACUGCCGAAGAUCUUCAGAACGUGUUCCACUUGCUAAGCAGCGGACUGGCGCUUGAGGAUCAAUCGGCAGCGCUGCCCGCACUACCAGCCGAGAUUGCUGAGCUCAUUAUGGACAAUGCGCACUACUGGCAAGGCGUGCAGCACACCAAGCGAUUGCAUUUUUAUGAUGAUAGCCCCGCCUAUAUUCUGAACGUCACACUGCCUCAAGGCGUUAAUGGGAAUUCAAUCCGUGUGAAAGCAAUUAAUGUGUUUCGGGACAGUCGUCCACUUUACGGCAGCAACGGCAGCAGCGGCUUUGAUUUGAUUGUUCGAGAUGAGCAAGGCGCUGUUCGAUAUGAAUGCUCGGUGAAACCGACCCUUGUCGAUUCGAACCUCGACCUUGUGACAAUCCUGCCAGCCAAUCAUCCUGUCAUCCGACGAAUGCGCGCGGGUUGGCAGGUUCAAGUUCGAGCCAGCAAGUCUUCUCGAGAUGUGUUGUUUGAAUCGCUUUAUGUUGGAUAUUUCUAGCGCAAAUCUUUGGAGUACGUGUGCGUGGAGAACGCCCGUCUGUUCGUAUUUGGAAAUUAAAGUGAAACAUCUCUAC